AUGGCAGACCACGAUGAUUUUGAAGACAACCAGUAUCCAGACAACGAUGAAUUUGUUCCGUAUGUGAGUGCCGGUAACCUCGCGCAAAAAAACGGCGCGAAAGUCACGCUAUGGGGUAAAGUUACCAAAGUUUCUGCUACCGAAGGUUUCUAUGUCAAAACAGUGGACGACCAGGAGGUUCUUAUAAAGUUAAAGCGGCCGUUGGAUGAGCCAUUAGAAGGUUGGUACGAAAUUCACGGAGUUGCGCAGGGGAAGAACGUGGUUUGUGAAGAAUAUGUUCCAUUCGAUGAUGAACUCACAAAAAAUAUUGAUUUGGAGGGUCACAAAGCUUUAACGAGGUUGCUGGUGGCGAUAGACGAACCGUGGAACUUGGGUGAUGAUGGUGCCAUGGAAUCUGGGAAGAGUUCUAUGGCCGGUGUUACACCAAUGGACUAUUAA